CCCUGCCAGGCUAACAAGUGAUAGUAGAUCAUCAUCCACUUCUUCGAUGCCAAACAUAUCUUCUCCAGCGCUCGGCCUUGUUGCCCCUCUGGAUUGAUCACCCUGCGGACUUUCGGUGUCAUCUUUUAACAUUUUUCCACUUCAUAAUUCGGAAGCCUGUGCCGGGGACAACAGCAAGUUCGAUGCGAUCAAGCAAAGCUAGAUGCACAAUGCAUUGUUUCCAGCGUUUUCAGGGCUUACCACCAGCAUGUAAUCUCGGCGUCUCUCAAACAUUGCCACACAGUCUGACAGAGAGAUUUUUCCAUGAAGAACACAUUUCUCUGCAUAUUGACUGGAUAUAUACCCACGCAGAGAGGUGCAGGAUCAUGUCCCCAAACUUCGUGUAGAUUCGGU